AGCUUAAGAAUGUUCCCAUUAUAUGAAAGGGGACUAGUUUUGUAUUAUCCACGAUUAUUUAGAAAAAGCAAGCACCCUACUGAGGGGGUCAAAGGUGGAGACUUUGUUCAUAGACUGUAGACCAUAGGAACUGUCCAGCGGCGAAUGGAGUGUUAAGAAAAUCGCCUAGGUCCUUUUUUAUUUUUCUCCCCCAACGUUCAAACUCACUUGACCGAAAUAAAAAUAAAUUGCAACUGUUGCUCUACAAAAAUAACUCCUUAUAAUGGCAAAUAGGCAAACAUUACAGGUUGGUUUUAGGAUUUCCUGAAUGCCCUCUUUUCUAAUCCUAUGUGUGACAACUUAAUUUGUAGAGUUACUGAAAUGGUAGUUUUAGAAGAUGGCUGGAAGGAAAAGACUGAUGUGGAAUGUUACUUAGAGACUCAAACCUGGGACCCUGGAUGCGAGUUGCAGCACGGCUGUGCAGCGAUGCUCCCACAGCUCCCAGAACGCCCAUCCGGCAACUGGGGUAGAGGCCGUGCAGCUUCAGCAUCCAAGGAGGCCCCACUUCAUGCUGACGUAAGAGGAACCUCUGCAGCUUGGAGGGUUCUGGGAGGUGCAGUCCCGGGAGGUGGAGAUGCGCCAAGGAUUCUGGGUACAGGCGUCCUCGGGGAGCGCCGCUGAGGAUUCUGACUGUUGAAAUCCUGGAGGUUGCACCGCGCUAAGGCUUCUGGGUACUGAAAACUUGCAGGGUGCGCCGCUUCAAGGAUUCUGGUGCUGGACAGCUGAACAGGGCCUGAGGAUUCUGGCUGGGUGCUGAUGACCUGGAGCCGCCCGCCGAGGAUUCUGGGUACUGACGUCUGGAACCGCCCGCCGAGGAUUCUGGGUCCUGGAAUCCCGGCCUGCGCACAGGAUCCCGGGUAGUGUCCUCGGGUGGACGACCACGCCGAUGCGUAAAGCCUCCGUCUGCGUCCGGCCGAGGACGCGGAGCCACCGUCCCCGCCCGCCGUUCGUCCCCGGGUUUCCGCUCACGGUGGCGAUUUCUCCCCGAGUGGCCAGCACCGCCGUUGUCCUAAGCUCCUCCUCCUGCCGACCCUGGGUUCUUAAACCUCUGGCUCAGGUCAGCAUGCUUGAGGGGUCUGGUAUCUCAAACAGCCCUCCGAGGGGUUCCUUUCUCCAUGGAGAGCAGGAAAGUCGCUCUGAGACCUUGGAAAGCCAGGAGAGAGCCAGGCUCUGGUCACAGUCCCUUGUGAGCAGGCCUGGGUUUGUGUUGCAGGCUUUUGUGACAUUCGGGGAUGUGGCUGUGGAUUUCACGCAGAAGGAAUGGAAGCUGCUGAGCCCUGCGCAGAGGGCCCUGUACAGGCAGGUGAUGCUGGAGAACUUCAGCCACCUGGUCUCACUGGGAAUUCCCUGUUCUAAACCGGACCUCAUCACUUGGUUGGAACGAGUGGGAGAGCCAUGGAGGGAAGAGAGGAGACACCAGCCAGUCACCUGUCCAGGUGACAUUGGAGCACUCAGCCACACAUUUGAUGGGGCCCCGGUGAUUCCCUGUAACAGUCAUCACACUAACAGCCAGAAGCACCAGGAGUGGCUUUGGUCAGUGUCAUGCUUCUCUUUUCAAGGCAGGUUUUCCUUUCUGAACAUUGUUUUUUUUACAUAGUGAAACACAGCUGUUAUAAAUAUUUCCUUUUUAGAGAUGGUUUUGGUAUUUUGUAUGUAUAUAUACAUAUAUAUGUAUAUAUGCAUGUAUAUUUUAUUUUUUAUACACAAUUUCCAUUAUUUAAUGGUGAGCAGCUUAUAGAAUAAAAACUAAGUCUUCUCUGAGAGGAAUAAAGAUGGCUCAAUAGGAAGGCAAGGCAGUAACCUCCUACCAAAAACACAUGAAAAUACAGCAAGUGCAACUAGACUUGAAAACGACCCAAAGACUGUAGAACAGACCACCUACAGCUGAGGAAGAAGAGAGGAUCACACAGAAAAGGUCAGAAAGCCAUAGCAGAGACAUCUAAUACAAAGGAAGAAACAGAAACACUGAAAAAAUGAGUAGGCAGAUUAAUAUUCAAACAAAACAAAAGACACAACUCCAAAAACACAGCUAAAUGAAACAGAUCACUAAUCGUCUUGAUAGGGAUUUCAAAAUAAAAGUCAUAAACAUUCCCAUGGAUAUACAGAAAAGUAUUCAAGAUCUCAAGGAUCAUUUCAACAGAGAGUAUCUGAAAAUUAUCCACUCAGCUGAAGAAUACAGUAUCUGAAGUGAAACACGAAAUGGAGGGAUUUAAAAGUACAUUAGAAUAUGUACAGAAGAUGGUAAAUGAAAUGGAAAUUAGAGAACAGGAAAACACACUGAGGAACAGAGAAAAAGGAUCUCUAGGAAUGAAAGAAUGAGAAGAGAGCUAUGUGACCAACCAAAUGAAAGUAUCUGCCUAAUAGGGGUACCAGAUGGAGAAAAGAAAGACAAAGGGAUGGGAAAUUUCUUUUAGGAAAUGUUGAAAACAUCCCCAAUCUGGGGAAGGAAAUUGACACAGGUCAUGGAAGUGCAGAGAUUCACAAUGGUAUAAAAGUAGAAAUAAACAAAACAAAGACCUGCAAACACAUGGAGGCUAAACCGCCUGCUUCUAAAUAAUCUAUAGGUCAGGGAAGAAAUGGAAACAAAUGAAGAAAUACACGGAGACACAUGAAAAAUCCCAAAAGCCCAAAAUCUGUGGGAGUGGCAAAGGCAUUUCUAAAAAUGUACAUAGCAGUAGAUGUUUACCACAAGACCCAGGAGCAAUCCCAAAUAGUCUAAACUCAUAAUUAAAGAAAUUAGAAAAGGAAGAACAAAUGUAACCAAGAAUUAGUAGAAGGAGGGACAUAAUAAAGGUCAGAGUAUAAGUAGAUAAAAUACUGAAGAAAAAAAUAGAAUCGAUGAAAUCAGGAGCUGGUUCUUUGAGAAAAUAAAAACAGAUAAACCCCUAGAGACUUAUCAAGAAAAAAGAAUGUACAGAAACAAAGAAUAAUCAAAACACACCACAUAAAUACAAAGAAUUAUUAAAGAAUAAUAUGAAAAAGUAUGUCAAUAAAUUGGAAAACCUGGAGGAAAUGGACAAUUUCCUAGAAAAAUACUUUUCAAGAUUGACCCAGGAAGAAAGAAAAUCUGAACAGACCAAUUCCCAUCAAUGAAAUCAAAUUUGUGAUUAAAAAAACAUCCCAAAAAACAAAAUACCAAGUCCAGAUGGCUUCACAGCUGAAUUCUACCAAACAUAAGAGAUGAGCUAAUACCCAUCCUUAAAGUAUGCCAAAAAGUAGAGGGAGAAUACUUCCAACAUCAAUUCUGUGAGGCCAGCAUCACUCUAAUACUAAAAACAGACAUACACAACACACAUACACAAAAUUACAGACCAGUAUCUCUGAUGAACAUAGAUGCAAAAAUCCCCAAGAAAGUUUUGUGCCAAUCUGGAAAAAGAUAGUGGCAUGAGAAAUGAGGCAGGUGUCUCCUCUAAAACCCACAUACAACAAAAAUACACAAAAUACAACGAAUCCUGAAAGAGUAACCUGAAGACUGCUACAGCCUGCCCAUAUCUGGGGAAGAGAGAAGACCACAGAAAAGGACAAAGUACAAAGCUGCAAUCCACAAGACCCAAGUCCUGCCCCCACCCCAACUCACAGGCAGGAGGAAGAGAAACUGAGUGGGGAGGGAGUAGAAGCCCAGGACUGCUAAACACCCACCAGUGGAGAUCUGCUCCAGGAUAACAAACUCACAUUACAUCAUGCUCUGGAGAUUAGUGGGGUUGGAAAGCAAAGACAGAAUACUUGGAGAGAUGGAGAUUCCAGCCACUUGUGGAGAACAGGUACCCACAAAUGGCCACUCCACAACAAAAGAAAGGCAGGCACUUUGAAAGACUUCCCAACUGCGAGAGAGUUGAUAAAGGGGCAAGGAUUACACAGAGCUUGCUGCUUAGGAGAAAGGACAGGUGAACAAAAUUGUCCUGGCAUAUUCAGCCCAGCAGGUUGGGAACAUUCAGGAGCUUCAGGUGCUCCAUUCCCCUGGCUGGCAAUUGAACCCCAACACCCACACUGCAAUACACAGCCUGCACUACUUCCUCCUGGCAGGCACCAGCCUGCACACCUGCUUCCCCCACCAUCACUCCAGACCAUCUGGAGGGUGGCCAUGACUAUGACAGGUAAAAGGAUGUAACACAGAGGCUCCUCCCUCCAUGCUCAGCCCACCAGACAUGGCAAUGGAGGCCAGAACUGCAGCCAGGAAGCAGGAAAGAGCUCUUUCCUCUCAGCAGGUAUUGGCACUGCACACCUGCAACCCCCACUAUCACUCCCUGUGCUUAGUAGCUCAAGAGAAAGAGGGCUAAGUGAAACUGAAGUCACCAAUCUUCUUGAUAAAGAUUUCAAAGUUAGAGACAUAAAAAUGCUCACAUAGCUGCAGACAAUUUUUGAAGAUCUCAGGGAGGACUUCAAAAAAGGUAGAAAAUUUGAAAAAUAUGGUGUCUAAAAUGAAACAGAAUGGAGAUAUUUAAAAGCAGGCUAGAUGAGUUAGAGGAGAUGGCAAAUGAAAUAAAAUUAGAGAACAGGAAUACAAAGAAGCAGAGACACAGAAAGGAUCUCUAGGAAUGAAUGAAUAUAAUAGAACUGUGAACAAUCUCAAUGGAACAAUAUUCACAUUAUGAUGUACCAGAAAAAGAAGAAGAGAGAAAAAGGGAAAGUCUCUGAGACAAUAAUUACUGCAACCCUCCCCAAUCUUGUGAAGGAAAUAGUCUCUCAGGUCAUGGAAAUCCACAGAUCUCCCAACACAAGGGACCCUAGCAAGAAAACACAAAGAUGUACAAUAACUAAAAUGGCAAAAUCAAAGACAAGGACAGAGUGCUAAAAGCAGCCAGAGAGAGUAAAAAGAAAGAUCACGUACAAAGGAAAACCCAUCACGCUGUCAUCAGACUUCUCAGCAGAAACCCUACAAGCCAGAAAGGACUGGCAUCAUAUUUUUAAAGCAAUGAAAUAGAAGGGCCUCAAAUCAAGAAUACCCUACCCGGCAACAUUAUCACUUAAAUUUGAAGCAGGGAUUAAACAAUUCCCAGAUAAGCAAAAGUUGAGGGAAUUUAUGUCCUAUGACCCAUCUCUACAGUGUGUUUUAAAGGGACUGCUAUAGAUGGAAGUGCUCCUAAAGCUAAAUAGCUGUCACCAGAGAAAAUAAAACCAUGGUAAAGGAAGUAGACCAAUUAAUUGCUGAGCAAAUGCAAAAUUAAAUCAGCUACCCACAAAAUCAGUCAAGGGAUGCACAAAGAGUACAGAAUAUGACACCUAAUAUAUAAACAGUGAAGGAGGCAGAAAAAGGAGGGGAAAGACCUUUAGAUUGUGUUUGAAAUAGCAUAAUAAGUGAGUUAAGUUAGACUGUUGGAUAGUAAAGAAGAUGCCCUUGAACCUUUGGUAACCACAAAUCUAAAGCCUGCAAUGGCAGUAAGUACAUACCUACCAAUAAUCACCCUAAAUGCAAAUGGACUGCACCAGUCAAAACAUACAGAGUUACAGAAUGGAUAAAAAAAAGAGAGACCCAUCUAUAUGCUACCUACAAGAGACACAUUUCAAACCCAAAGAUUUACACCAACUAAAAGUAAAGGGAUGGAAAAGGUAUUUCGUGCAAAUAAUUGAGAGAAAAAAGCAGGUGUUGCAGUACUUGUGUCAAACAAAAUAGACUUCUAAACAAAGAAAAUAAUGAGACAAGGACAUUAUGUAAUGAUAAAGGGGCCAGUCCAACAAGAGGAUAUAACUAUUAUAAAUACCUGUGCACCCAACAUAGGAGCACCUAAUUAUGAUACUAAUAGAAUUAAAGGGGGAAAUAGAAUGCAAUGCAUUCAUUUUAGGAGACUUCAACACACCACUCACACCAAAGGACAGAUCAACCAGAUAGAAAAUAAGAAAGCAGAUGCACUGAACAACACAUCAGAAUACAUGGACCUAACAGACAUCUACAGAACACCGAAAAGCAGCAGGAUACAUAUUCUUCUCAAGUGCACAUGGACCAUUUUCAAGAGUAGAUCACAUACUAGGUCAAAAAAGAACCUCAAUAAAUUAAGGAAGAUUGAAAUUGUACCAACUAGCUUCUCAGACCACAAAGAUACGAAAUUAUAAAUAAAUAUACAAAGAAAAGCCCACAAACACAUGUAGGCUUACCAACAUGUUCCUAAACAAUCAAUGUAUCAAUGACCAAAUAAAAAUAAAUAUAUGGAGACAAAUGAAAGCAGCAACUCAACACCAAAAAAAUGUGGGACACAGUGAAGGCCAUGCUAAGAGGGAAGUGUAUUGCAAUACAGGCCUACCUCAAGAAGAACAAUCCCAAAUGAGCAGUCUAAACUCACAAUUAAUGAAAUUAGAUAAAGAAGAACAAAUGAGGCCCAAAGUCAGUAGAAGGAGGGACAUAGUAAAGAUCAGAGCACACAAAAAAAAAAUUUGAGAAGAAUAAAACAGUAGAAAGAACCAAUGAAACUGGGAGCUGGCUCUUUGACAAAUAAACAAAACAGAUAAACUGCUAGCCAGACUUAUCAAGACAAAAGAGAGCAUACACACAUGGAAUCAGAAAUGAGAAAGGAAAAAUCACUACGGACACCACCAAAAUACUCAAAUUAUUAGAGAAUACUAUGAAAAAUUAUAUGCUAACAGAUUGGAUAACCUAGAAGAAAUGGACAACUUUCUAGAAAACUAUAACCUUCCAAGACUGACCAAGGAAGAAACAAAAUCUGAACAGACCAAUUACCAGCAAUGAAAUUGAA